CGACGGUGGAGAGGGCUGUGCCGGCGGCCGCGCGACCGGCGCGCGUCACGUGACGCGGCGCGGGUCUUCCAAGAUGGCGGUAUGCAUCGCGGUGAUCGCCAAGGAGAAUUACCCUCUCUACAUCCGCAGCACCCCCACGGAGAACGAGCUGAAGUUCCACUACAUGGUGCACACGUCCCUGGAUGUGGUGGAUGAGAAGAUCUCCGCAAUGGGGAAGGCCUUGGUGGACCAGAGGGAGCUCUACCUGGGCCUGCUCUACCCCACAGAGGACUACAAAGUAUAUGGCUAUGUCACCAACUCCAAGGUGAAGUUUGUCAUGGUGGUGGAUUCCUCUAACACAGCCCUACGAGACAAUGAAAUCCGCAGUAUGUUCCGGAAACUGCACAACUCCUACACAGAUGUGAUGUGCAACCCCUUCUACAACCCGGGAGACCGCAUCCAGUCCAGGGCCUUUGAUAACAUGGUGAUGUCUAUGAUGAUACAGGUCUGUUGAGCGACAUUGCUGCCAGUUACUUCAAGGAGAUACGUCUGUAUAUGACUGUGCUGUGGAGAUGCAUAUUUAUUAUCUUGCCUUUUCCUGAACGUAACUCACAUGCCACUUGGGGCAAGGCCUUGUGCAUGGUGCCUCCCAACUAAAGGUCUCGUGAGAUGA